CAAGACUUUCCAAAUAAAGACUUGCUAAUUUAUAAGCAAUAUUUUUUUCAGGUAAUGGAAGUAUUUUUUCAUGCAGGGAUAUUAAUUAUUGUGGAUGAUAAGCGAAUACGAUGAGAUGUGUCAAUUUAGAGGGUCCUAUCUCAUGAUCUAUUGUAGUAUCGAUUUUGAGCGUCAAUACACGGUACCUUGCGCCACGGAGAGUAAGCCCAGUCGGAAAAGAGCGUCGGACGAGUAACAUCAAAUUACAUACCACAAAACUCGAAGACCGCCGAGUGAGAAUCUGUCCACAACUUGAUGAACUUUUGUUUGAUUUUAUAUGUGAGAAAAUGACACUCAACAAAGUUAGCAUUUCCCAGCAGUAAGUGUAUAAGAUAAGAGGUUUGAGAGGAACUUUUACGAUGGGUUUCAGUACACAUCGUUUUAUUGGGUCGGUGGACCCCAAUUUAAUAUGUGGAAUAUGCAGUUCUGUAAUAGAGGAUGCUGUGUUGACGCCUUGUGGACAUACUUUUUGCUUCUGUUGCCUCGAGACUUGGAUGAGUAAACCGCGAGUGAAUUCGUGUCCUGAGUGCAGAAGCACUAUGGUUCUGCAGGACGUAAAACCGGUACUAUGUCUUCGCAAUCUUGUGAAUGGUUUUGAUGUCAUGUGUGAUAACAGCGAACGUGGAUGCAAGUUAAUUGUAAAAUUAGAACGGUUGAAAUCACAUUUAAAAGUAUGUGGAUAUACACCUGUAAAGUGCGCAGGGUGUUCCGAGAUGGUGAGUCGGUCAGAACUUGCGAACCAUCAAUUGACCUGCGAGGGAAUUUCAGCUUCUUUGAAGGAUGAAAACUACGAUUCUUACAUGCAAAAAUCUUUAGCGGCAAUAUCACUAGAAAAUGAAGCUACCUCUUUGGAACUUUCGGGACUUCUUGCAAAGAUUUCGUCUUUGGAAUUUCAGUUGAAGUCUUUGAAAAGAGAUAUGCAAAUCUCCGAGUCCAAAAACCGUGUCCUUGAAAGAGAGUACAGGAAAACUAAGGACGAGCUACAGCAGAAGCGAAACGAAAUUCUCGAAGUCCAGUAUUCCGAGUUUGACCCGGACUAUGACUAUGGUUACACUCCGCAAACAGUAGCCAAAUUGUCUUUACUCAUCGCUAGAUUUCUGCUGAAGAAACCGUCGUAUGUGGACAGCGACAAAAUUUUUGCGGCUGUCAAACGUUCAUACGAGCAGUACGCACGCUGUGGAAACCAGUAUGAACACGAUGUCCACAUGCUUGUUGCCACGGCAUUUGCAAGCAAUUGGUUCAGCGAAAGUCAGAGAAUCAACUUUCAUUGCUGGCUUCAGAGUCUUGCUAGAUAUCGUCAAUAUGCUAACACGGGGAUAGACUCGUGUGAACAUCAUAUAUACCAAUGAAAUGAUGUCUGAACGUAAACAAUUAUGAUUGCAAACCGGUAGGACAUUGACUUGGACCUUGGCUCAAGGUGCUUGUGGACAGGAGCAGCCCCCCCCCCCCCCUACUUUCUACAAUAUACACCCCGAGUCUACGGAUAUUUAUUUAAUUGUCUUCUUUCAUAAAUUUUUCUUCUAGCACACAUUUACAAUGUUUUUCACAUGGAAAUUUAUUUUUAAAAAAAUCAUACCCGCUGUAUUACAAAAUAGAGAAGGUAAGUCACCUCGGUUUGUAUACAUUGGACCCCUUUUGGAUAUCAAGUCUAAAAUACGCAAUGUAUUGUAAAGUAAAUGUGUGCCAGAUGAAUAAUUUAAGAAAGAAGACAGAUUAAAAUAUCCUUGGA